AUGCCGACAAUGGAAAAUGUGGCCUUCGCCGGAUACGCGUACUAUAGCACGGGUGGCGAGGGCUUCAUCUACGCCCUGAGCUCCAAAGAAGAUGUAGAGUCGACUGGCACGCCGGUCAUACUCGUCAACGCCACCUCCAAGGCGGCGAACUUCUUUCCAUUUCUAUUCCUUGUGGUUGGUGGUAUUCUCAUGGUCGGUCUCAUCGCCUUCGUCAUGGUGACGUUCUGCUGCCGGCGCAAGGUGGCAAAACUGGAGAAGAUGUACUGGGAGUUGCAGUGCACCUUUGCCAACGUGAACAAUGCCCUCGUGCAGGAGGCAAGCCGCCGCACCGCGUCGCCGGCCUCGCUGAAACAGAAGCACACCCCACAGUCUACGAGUCGUCUAGUCGCCGGCGCCCAGUUGACUCCACAGAUGAUGCAACGGCACGGCAGCAUCGCGAGAGUGGAUUCGAUGCGCCAGUCACAGCAUAUACUGGAGCCGCUGCCGCCGGCAGCGGCGGUGUUUCCGGCAGCGCCGUUGCCUUACGGCAUGAACGCUAACCCUCUAUACUUUCAGCCGGUGACCACAAGCGCAGCGAGCCCGUACACGUGCUCGCACGGUGACAAGGGCGCACAGGUCACCGUAUUCGCCGCGCAGCCUCCGCCGAUCCUCUCCUCUCCGCAGUCGCAGCGGCAGACACGCUUAUCUACCGGUCCCGCAGCACCGCAGUCGCCGUGCACAACACCGGAGCCGCCGCUGCGUCGCCGGGCAUCAAAAGUGAGCUUCGUUGGUGCCUAG